AUGGAUUUGCUGAAGGAGCGAUUGCUCACACUUUCUGUUACGCAUCAGUAUGUCUCUCUUCCACCGAAAGAAAUUGAGCACUUAUACACUGAAUUGAAGCACUACCUGAAUGUGGGAGAUCCAAAUCUAUCUGAAGUGGACUUUAUGACCUUGACAGAACUUCUGUUUAAUCUGGCGGUUUAUAUGGGUGAGGAUACUGAAGCGGAGGUGAUAUAUCGGACGUUAACGGAUAGAUUUGGUCAUGAUUCACCGAAAUUGCAUAUUAUGAAGGCGACUUUAUUGCAGAUCACUGAAGGAGACUUGAAGGCUAAAGAGUACUUGAACAAGCUCUUAAAUAGUGUAUUAGAAUUUGAUACUGAUUCAGUUGAUUAUCUUUGUGUUUCCAAGAAAUUGUUAGCUAUCAACAGUUAUGAGAUGCACAGUGAUCGUCGGUUGGCAAUGUUAAUAGACUUAUUGGAGAAAUUUCCAUUAGAUGGAGAACUAUGGUGGAAGUUGGCAAUGGAAUAUUACUCCAAUGGUCAUUUUGAGGAGGCUGCAUACUGUCUAGAAGAUGUCUUGAUUAUCUCACCGUUUAAUUACAAUGCUUUUGCUCAACUAUCUGAGAUAUUAUUCUACAAAGCGAUUCGUACAGGCAAAACAGAAGAGGGUUUACUGGAAGAAGCAUUAGAUAACGCUCUAAGAGCUGUUGAACUAUCCGAAACAUGUUUGAAAGGCUGGGCCCUUGUGAGAAAAAUCAGUUCUCUACUGAGGAAGGAUAAGCUAUUCGAACUCUCAUUUCGUAAGUUAAAUGAAAUAGGGGAAUGCGGUAACCCAGCAGAUAGAAAAACAGCAAAAUACAUUCUUAAAUCUUUAUAG